GCCGGGAGCCGGGUAGGCGCACGCUCGUACGGCGGCCGCAGCGGCAGGGCGGGGCCGCGGAGGAGCGGGUGGCGGCGGAGGACGCCCCCGGGGACGCGACUCGCUCCCCUCGGAGUCUCUGUCGCACCUCGGAAAGGUACCGGCGGGGGGGACCCGAGGGCUUUUCCACGCGGCCAUGGGCGACGUCGGGGGGCCAGCGCGGCCGGGGGCGCCGCUGCCCACCUUCCGCUGGGAGCAGAUCCGCCCGCACAACCUCCCGGGCGACAAGUGGCUGGUCAUCGAGCGUCGCGUCUACGACAUCAGCCGCUGGGCACAACGGCACCCGGGGGGCAGUCGCCUCAUUGGCCACCACGGCGCUGAGGACGCCACGGAUGCCUUCCACGCCUUCCACCAGGACCUCAAUUUCGUGCGCAAGUUCCUGCAGCCCCUGCUGAUUGGAGAGCUGGCCCCGGAGGAGCCCAGCCAGGAUGGACCCCAGAAUGUGCAGCUGCUGGAGGACUUCCGAGCCCUGCGCCAGGCCGCUGAGGACAUGAAGCUGUUUGAGGCCAAGCCCGCCUUCUUCGCUCUCUUGCUGGGCCACAUCCUGGCCAUGGAGGUGCUCGCCUGGCUCACCAUCUACCUCUUCGGCCCGGGCUGGGUGCCCAGCACCCUCGCCGCCCUUGUCCUGGCCACCUCCCAGGCUCAGUGCUGGUGUCUGCAGCAUGACCUGGGCCAUACCUCCGUCUUCAGGAAGUCCCAGUGGAACCACGUGGCCCAGCAGUUUGUGAUGGGGCAGCUGAAGGGCUUCUCUGCCCACUGGUGGAACUUCCGCCAUUUCCAGCACCACGCCAAGCCCAACAUCUUCCACAAAGACCCAGAUGUGACCGUAGCGCCCGUCUUCCUCCUGGGGGAGUCGUCCGUCGAGUACGGCAAGAAGAAGCGCAGAUACUUGCCCUACAAUCACCAGCACCUGUACUUCUUCCUGAUUGGCCCACCGCUGCUCACCCUGGUGAACUUUGAAGUGGAGAAUCUGGCGUACAUGCUGGUGUGCAUGCAGUGGACUGACUUGCUCUGGGCCGCCAGCUUCUACUCCCGCUUCUUUCUGUGCUACGUCCCCUUCUACGGCCUUCCUGGGGUGCUGCUCCUCUUCGUUGCUGUCAGGGUCCUGGAGAGCCACUGGUUUGUGUGGAUCACACAGAUGAACCACAUCCCUAAGGAGAUCGGCCAUGAGAAACACCGGGACUGGGCCAGCUCUCAGCUGGCAGCCACCUGCAAUGUGGAGCCUUCGCUCUUCAUCGACUGGUUCAGCGGGCACCUCAAUUUCCAGAUCGAGCACCACCUCUUCCCCACGAUGCCAAGGCACAACUACCGUAGGGUGGCCCCACUGGUCAAGGCGCUGUGCGCCAAGCACGGCCUCAACUAUGAGGUGAAGCCCUUUGUCACCGCCCUGGUGGACAUCGUUGGGUCCCUGAAGAAGUCUGGAGACAUCUGGCUGGAAGCCUACCUCCACCAGUGAUGGCGGUACCCAGGGCCUCAGCAACCAACAAGCUGGCCCAGGCAGCUUGACCCCUCUGCGCCCCCCUGCCCCCACCUAGGGGGACCUGCCCGCCCUUCUGGAGCUGCUGUCCUCACCUCACCUGCCCCCCACACACCUGUCUGCUUGGCAGCCCUGAGGCCAUGGCUCUUGGCCAAACAGGACCAGGGCUAGGGGAUGGUACAGAAAGCCACACAGCAUGGCAUGUUUUCCUAGAGCAAAAAUUUAGGGAAAACAGUUAUUUUUAUAUAAAAAUAAACCCAGAAAAAUGGUG